GCUCGCGGCUGGCGUUGGAGGGCCGGGCCGGGCUGUGGGGAAGGCGGCGGGCGCGGCCCUGGUUUCCUCCCGCGCCUGGGCGGCGGCCUUCGUGCAGCCGGAGCCAUGACCCGGCACCUCGGCGCUGGCUCCUCCGCCCAGGGCUCUCCCGGGGGGCCCCCCGGCCGCCAUUUUAAGCCGGCGGCCGCCGGGAGAGAGAGCGCCCGAGACUGCAGAAAUCAGUCUAUUACAGAUUUCUUCAAACCAGCUCCAAAACAAGACAGAAUUGUAUUGUGUUCUCCGGACAAAAGAAAUGUAAAAAAUGGGGAUGUUGAACUGUCAGUCAUAUGUACAGAACGAUUUGAAAAGAAAAUAUCAUCUCAGAAGAAAACUAGAAGGGAAAGGAUUCCAGUCCAAUCUCCAAACAAGAGUCCUGUAAUGGAUGACUUACUGAGAGGAGCUAACAGAGAGAGAAAGGACAGUCCAAAAAUUUUAGAGAACAAUAGACCAUGCAUGGUGCUAAACACAAAGUAUCCGAAGGUUGUGGUUCGAAAACUCCUUAUGUCUGCAGGCUCUCCCAGCUAUUCCUUGACAAAAAAGGAUACGACUAGUAAGAGAGAACCUGGGAGGAAUGAAAAGUGUCCAAUUAAAACAAGAACACCGUUUUAUGAAAAUGGUAGGGAACAGCGGAUUGACUGCGUGGAUCUAGAGGAGGCCAGUUCAGAUGUUGCCAGCAAAUGGGUUUCAACAUCAGAAGUUGACAUCUUAAAAAACUAUGCCAGAAGUAAUGGUAACGUGAACAAUAAACCUUUGUGCCAAAAAGCAGGGCAUUCCACAAAGCUCCAGUACAGCCCCGUUGAAUCUCAGUUUUGGUUACCACUGGAAACUUACUGCAGAGAAGGAGAGAAGAAGAGACAAAGAAUGGAACAACCUAAACUGCAGCCCUUCAGUCCAGUAAAGGUAUUCUUAGGACCAGGUAUAUCAAAUCAGGGCAAUGGAUGUCUUUUAAGAAAAAGAUCAAGCUCUGCUUCAUGGGAGACUGCCUCAGAUGAUUCAUCUCAAUCAAAGCAGGUUUCAAAACCUGAAGUUUCUUCCCCACUUCUAUCAAGAUGGUCAUCUGAAAAGGCUGUUAAUAUAUGGAAAAACCAGUCAUUCCGCCUUAACUCAAAAAUUUCUUCAGGACUGUCCAAACAAAAAGACUUUCCUGGGAAAAAAAAAAGAAUAUCUAUGAAUAUGGAUUUGAAAAGUUCAGGAAAACCUGUGGUACAAAGUUUGAAUGAACCUCAUUUCAGCAGGUCGUCUGAAAAAUGCCAAAGUAGAAAGUCUGAAUUCAUUAAACACAUUGUACUAGAGUCUCCAGGUAAUGGUGUUCUGCAACUAGAGGAUGCUGCUAUGUCACAUAGAGAAGACUUGUCUCUUUCAGAGGAAUAUUUUGACAUAAGCCACAAAAAGGAAAAAGGUAAUUCCUCAUAUGUGGGUUUAUCACCUUUAAAUUCUGGACACUGUGCUAAUAAAAAUGACCAAAUCCAUGUUGCAGAUACCAAAGAAAAUCAGUUGCAAGCAACCCGCUCACAUUUCCUCUUAGAAAAGUCAACAUCUUUUUCUCAGGAAAAAGCUACUGUAAAGACUUAUAUCCAUGAAUUAACUAAAACUCAGUCAAAUACAGUGUGCACAGAAGAAAUGAAAUGCCUACAUUCUUCUUCCCACAUUGAAAGUGCUAGUUCAUCUCAGGUAUUGGAAACUAAGAAAGAGCAAGACAGAGUGAGACAGACUGAACCUAUCCUUUGUAAAGAUGAUAAUGUACAGCUUCCCUCAGAUUCUCACAAGAACUUUACUAAAUCAAAAGAGAACAGUGUAAAGACUUCAGAAGAUAAUUCUAACUUGCCUUCAGUGGAAAUUUUUGAGAAGCCUGUAUUUUCAGUAAAGAUUGGCAAAGUUGUUGCACGUUCACUGUAUUUUGAAGAUGGUUGCUCAGCUAAUAGCACUAGUUCUUCACAGAUUUCAAAUGAGUUGAACAUUGAAAGCUCCACCAUAACAACUUCUGUGUUGAAUAGAAAAUUAAGCAUCAGUUCUGAUAGUGAAGAUGAGAGUUUUGACUGUAAUCUGGACAGCGAUGAAGAAGAAAUGCUCUUGCCAUUGCAAGAUAUCCUGUCCUCAACUUCAAAAUCAUGUGCUGGAACUCCAGAGGGAGCUUGUCUUGAGGAUCUUUCACAGGACACCUUGACUCCAUCACCCAAACGUCCUCUUUCUAAGAUGCCUGUUGUGAGUCAAGUGUCUUAUGUGAACAGCCUAGAGCAUCUCUUGAAGGAGAAGGAAGAAUCCAAAAGGAUAGAUGAACUAGAGAAGCAACUACAAGAAGACAUGCAGGAAAUUGGACUAAAUUCUUCAACUGGAGACGAAGAGCAAGAAAACUCUGAUGAAGAUAGAGAUCUGUCAGAAGAACACAGGGCAUUUAUAAAGAGGUUUUCAGUAGUAUCUGAUGCCAUUCCUGAUUCUCAUCCUGGAGAAGAAAUAUUUCACUUCUCAAACUCUGGGAAAAUCUUCAAUCAACAAAACCUUGAUUUGAGGAAUUCUGAUUUCAUCCCUCAAAAUCCUAUAGAAAAACUCCUUCUUAGGAGGUGUUUCACAAUGCCCCUCAUGACUGCUCUGGUCACCAGUUUGAAGGUACACAGAUCAGAGGUAACACAGCAGCUUUCUUUAGCAACUCAGGGUUUCCUCAGUUGUGCUUACAGUUGUACACAGUGCCCCAUGCCAGUUUUGAAGUGGCUGUUUCAGAUGAUGUCAGUUCAUUCAGACUACUAUGUUUCAGUGCAGAUUUUGGAUACGCUGAUGGAGAUAACAAUUAAAAAUGCGUCCAUCAAUGAUGCACAGUCUAAAGCGUGGAUUCCCUCACUGUCUGAUAUAUCGGCUAUAUUUAUCAAUAUGGGAGUGCCUUUUAGAUCUUUAUUUCCUCUGCAGCAUCUACAGCCCACCUUUAGUGAAGAUGAUAUUUUAUCUGAAAUGCAAAUAACAGUGGGAAAACAAACAAGUGGAGAAACCUCUGCAGGUCCCGCUUUUUCUUGUCUGCCAGAAACCAACCUAAUUAACGUGGUCAAGUUUCUUGGUUUUUGUACAACUAUGUAUCGGGAUGGGUAUGCGGACCAGGAGCUUCUGCUGCUGCUGUUACUGCUGUUUAAAAUUAGCCUGGAAAAACGACUGCAGCAAAUUCCGUUGAUCGAUCUUCAGGGUCUGCUGUUAAACCUACUGAAAAAUAUCAGAGACUGGGAUGCCCAGAUGCCUCAGCUCUGUCUGACAAUUAGUGAACUUUCCAGUCAUCACCAUGAUCUCCUUUGGUUAGUUCAACUGGUCCCUAGCUGGGUAAAGCGUGGAAGACAAAUAAGACGACACCUUAGCCUAACGAUAAUUUCAAAGCUUCUUAACAAAAAGUAUACAAGUUUACCUGUUACCAGUGACCUGCAGAUGUCUCUUCUAUAUCAGUAUCUGGUGCAGAUGAAGCCUUCUGACUUAUUACAGAAAAAGAUAGAAGCAAGAAAGGAGCAACAGGAUGACCUCAGUGGAGAGUCCGUCUGUACAGAACUAGAGCAGCAGGCCUACUAUCUGACCUACAAUCUUCUUCACUUGGUCAGUGAAGUUAGUUGUUUUGACGUUGUGAAUCCUAAUCAGAGGAAGUGCUUACUGAGGCUCUGUGGUGCCUUAGAAAAACAUGUGAAGUGUGAUAUUAGGGAAGAUGCAAGGCUAUUUUAUAGAACUAAGGUAAAAGACUUAGUUGCUAGGAUAUAUGGCAAGUGGCAGGAAAUGAUACAAAAUUCUCGGCCUACUCAGGGGAAGCUGCAUGAUUUCUGGGAGCCAGAUUUGUGAAACAUAAGCCAGGUCAGAGAAAACAACAAAGAAAGAAAUUGAACAAGAACUUCUUUUGCAACUAAGGAAGACUUUCCAAGAGGAUUGAAACUCUAGCCUGGUCAAACAGACUAAAUCAACAACUUGAAUCAAAACUUCAGCUUGGUGCAGGCAACUAGAAAAAACAUAACCUGUGCAAUUGAUUUCUGACUUUAUGAUAGAUACAGUAACAUUCCUGAAAAAUUGUGUAUAUGUAUGUGCAAGAUUUAAAUAAUACCUUUUCAGUAUGUCUAUCUGAAUUGUCCACUAGUCUUCUAUCCUAUUGAAAGCUGAGAGAGUUUUCUCAUUUCCCUUCCCUUGCUAAUCACUACAAUGUAAAACUAUGGUAAUAUAAUUUCUUCUGUUGCCCAAAUGCAUCCAUAAGUAUUGCUAUUGCACAGCUAGAAAAUGAACAGCCAUGAAUUGAGUGUGCGAAGUAGGAAAUGGUGGCCCCUCAAUGAAAGGGAUGGGGACUGCAGUGUAAAUAGUGGUCCAGGCAGAUUGAUUGUUGAACUUUUCUUUGUUCCAUGGCUGUGCUGUACCCAUAAACAAAGGAGAAUUUAAGAGGUCAUUACAGUGAUGUAUUAGGUUCAAUUUAAACUUAAUUUUCCUCCUUCAUGCUUUAGCAAGUCUGUGUAAUUUAUAUAUAGUGACAGUGUGCAGAAAAUUAAGUUGUAUGUAAGACGAAUAUUACAAGGAGAAAUCUUCCUGCAACAUUUGCUGUCAUAGUAUCCAAAACACAAAUUUCACCUGUUUAUGUAUGUAGUCUGACUUCAGCACCUUUCUGUAAAUGACCAAAAUAUCAACUUAAAAAUAGCAAUUUUAAAAUAUCACCUUAGAUUUGGGAAAUGAGAACUUAUUUGACUUUGCCAACGUUGAAGUAGCUGAGAAAGUCAUAUUAGACUUGUCCAAAAUCAUUUGUGCUAAAUUUUGCCCUUAGAGGUGUGCUCAGAACUCUUGUUGAAAUCUUUGAGCUGUGUGUAAUAUUCUAAGGACAAAAUACCUUUGUUUGUGAGCAAAUGUUGGCACUCACUACUUAUAGUGUGCUUAGCAUACCACUUCAUCUAUGAAAUAUAUGUGCUUAAAUAGAUAAGUUCAAGUAUUUGGUAGAAACAUCAACAAGAAUCUUUUGCUAAUUAAAACUUAGGCUAUGUCUACAUGGCCCUCCAGUUCAGACUACCAGAGUUUGAACUGCAGUAUGCACAAGCUGUAACUGCCCCAUGUGGAUGCUGCUGGUGCAAACUAAAAGGUGUACCUAGUUUGUGUGAAUGUAGUCCUCUUUUUUUAAAAACAGGACUGCAUUAAUGCAAGCUAAGUACCUUUUAGUUCACGCUCUCAGGGUCUAUAUGGGGAAGUUACAGCAUAGCAUACUAGUGUGGGCUGCGGGGUUGUGUUGGCAAGCCCAGAGAUUCUAGUGAUAUCAACAUAGAAUACACAUGUAAUGUUUUUUUCUUUGGUUUUACAAGUAUUAAUUGUACUUAUGGUUGAUUUGUAUAAUAAAACUCAUAUUCCAAACUCUUUCCCAGGAAAAAAUAGCCAAAAAAGACUCAAUUUUAAAAAAAGCUCCCUCAUGUAAAUAUGUAGAAGAAACUAUUAUAGAAUUGUGGAGUGACCUGUAAGGAGGAGAAAAGUAUCCUUACCUGACUUUAUUUGCUUUUGACACUCGCUGCUAAAUUGCUUUUCAGACUAUUUCUUGUCCUCCAUUUCAAGCGUUAGUGUGAGAGUUUAUUAAUAAAGUCGAAAGCCACAGCAUCUUUGUGCCUUUCACAGGGUCUUCACAUGUUAGAACAAGGUUCAUGGUGAUGGCACUAUUAAAAACAAAGAAACAAAAAAUCUUAACCUGUCACCAGGAUUUGGAGAAAUCUACCUCAAGGGUAUUUUUUUUAUUUGGGUAAUGAAGGGUAGGGGACUUCUCUCUCUACAGUUUGUCCUAUAUAAAUGCAUCCUUUAGUGUCAGAUUGUUGUUCUGUGACUAUAUUAUUGUACAUAAUUUUAUUAGUGUUUAUAUUUUUCUCACGUGUAAAGUUUAAAAAAAGUGCCGAAUAUAUUGGUUUUUACUUACUGUAAUUAAUGUGUAUAUAUUUUCUUACUAAGUGAAGAGGAAGCUCCUGUCUUGUACAUUUCUGAGGACUGGUAGGUGAGGGUUUGGACAGCCAGUCUCGUUUUUUAUUGCUGUUCAAAGCCAAUUGAAACUGCUGAUUUUUUCAGAUUAAAUAGCCACUUUGAUAUUUGCUUUUUUAUUUAAUAGCUCCAAUGGAAAAUAAAGCUAGAAUUGUUUUUUAAUUAGAUGUCUCUGCACAUAAAACAGGCAGUCAUGCAAAUAAGAACUUUCACUUCGUGAAAAAUCACUGCACAUCCUAUUUCUGUCUUACUGCAAUGCCUUACAAUACGUCUUGAAGUAACAGCACACGUACUCCUGUACUUUUUGCACUUUUGCCUUUUUUGUAAACCCUGGGAUUUUUCCUUUCUCUUUUGAUUUGUACACAAUCACUUUCAACUCUCCUGUGUUUGAAGGAACAGCUCCCCAGCCAGUGAAAGUUGGACAGUGGUUCUGUGGGAACCUAUCAUUGAUUUACAGAGAUGGUCCCAAAGCUUUGCUUCAGUGUCAUGCCAGGGAUUCCUUGCAUUCGCCUGUCAUCUGUUCUGAGCUCAGUACUGCCUCCAGAACUGCUGGCUGCUGCCAACUUUGACCGAAUCCAUGGCUGUUGUGCUUUGCUAGCCCACUGUGCUCCUGCUAGCUCCCUAUGAUGCUAAUGCUCCUCUGGAGAAAGGCUAAUUGCACUAUUAAUGUGUUCUGCUGUCUUAAAAUAAGCACUUUGCACUGAGGUUUAUCUUUCAAAAUGAUGCUAGCUGCACCGAGAGCCACUUUAUCUCAUUCCAUGGGUAAUUAGGUACACGUUGCUACGCUGUCACAGACAGGAAAUGAAAGGAUGACUACGCAAUGUACAUUCAUGCUUCUACGCAACACGUUUAUUUUACUGACGAGCAUUGUUUGGUUUACAAAACUAGAUCAAUAAAAUGUUUUUAAAUUAAGAAAAUCUGAUAGCACAUUGGCAACAAACAUUUGUACUCUACCAUCUUGUCCCUAUUAUUGUGCUUUGGUCUUAAGUAUAUGAGUUGGGCUUUUCUACAGUGCCUAAAUGAUUUGAGUUCAAGUCCCAUUGAAAAGUCAGUGGGGACUUACACUCCACAGGUGCGUUUGAAAAACUUCAAGGUGACAGUUGUGAGAACUUUUUGAAGCCUAUGAAGGGAAUUCAGCUGUUGAGCUUAGUGGAUCUCAGGUAACUAGAACAUCAGGGACAUAUGGCAUAUGUAUAACUUGUUGGGUGCAUAUCAAGAUCAGUACAAUAGGUGGAUCAUGGAAGUAAACACGUUUUUAACAGAAAAUGCUUUUUGAUAAAAUUAUUAAUGGGUUGUGCAAUUUUAGCUAUUCAAACUCUAUACACUUGGAGUAUGGAAAUAAUGUAUCUAGAUAUUCUGAUCUGUAUGGGUUCUUAUACCAUGCUUAUUACUGUAGUAUCUGAACGCUUUCAUUACUGCAUUAAGCAGUGUGACCACAAAUCUGCAACAUGUGAUUUGUUCUCCCCUUCCAAGGAGAGAAAUAUGUAUGCAGUACAGUGCUCGUGUUAGUUUUUUUUUUUAAAUGUACAUACUGCUCUGUCAGAAGGCAGCUCUCAGUUGUCUUGCAUUGUAAGUCAGAAGGUGCUGAGAUUCCUGAUUAUCCUUAGUUCUAUGGGAGUUUAUUCCACAGUCUUAGACCAGCCCUACUGCACAGAUGAACUUUACCCUUCUGGUAGAAAAUUUUGUUGUACCAGAGGAAUAGAGCUCUUUACCACUGUCUUUAUUGAAGAACAUUAACCGUCUUAUAGGAGCGCUGGGCCCAGCCCAUUGAGCACCUUGAAGAGAAGGACUGAGACCUUGAACUUGACUUAGUAUUCUAUGGGAAGUCAGUGUAGAGGAUGGAGAUUAAAUUUGAUGUGAUGGCAGUAGCCCAUGAUGCCAAGGUGACCUGCUGCAGAGCUCUGUACUAGCUGGAGUUUCCUAAGAGCUGAGGGUUUCGUGCUCUGGUGCAUUGCAUUGCUGCGGUGUGGAUAGGCGGUGAAAAUAGUGUCUUAACCAAGGACCCUGCCACUGUCAGGUGGGAUGAGAGCAUCUCCUAGACAAUUUAUAUGGUUCCUCCCAUCUGCCAACUAUUUAAAAAUAGAAAUAAAAAUAAGUCUUCCAUUUUUCCCAGCCUGUAAGAGAGCUUGGUUAAUUUAUAAAUUGGUGAUUUUCUUUAUUGUGAGAAGAAUUUCCGUGGGGAGUAGGGUUUGCAGCAUCUAAAUGCAAAAUCUUCCUCUGACUUAACGUAGCGGAUUUCUUUUGUCGCUUCCGCGGUCUAGGCCUAGCUCCUGAGAAUCUUCUGCCUCCAGCACUCAUGAGCCUGUUGUUUACCCCUUUAUUUUUCAGUGAAAUGUAGUAAUUGUGGGGGAUUCUGGUUGCAGAGGGAGUAGCAAUCUCUCAGGAAGCCAAGGCCGAUCCCAUGGAGGAUUUCAAGUACUGCUUGAACUGAAAUUCCUUUCUAUGACGAAGGAGUGCAGAGAGCAGAGCAUAGGGGUGAUCUGUUCAGUGACGUGUGUUGCCAAACAGAUGGGUUCCUGUGUUUUGUGUCAGUGGGAGCUUUUUUAGGCUCUGUGGCUCCAUACCUAGCCAAAAGUUUUUCAAUCAAGCCCGGAGGUUAUUGCGGCCAGAUGUGUGCCCGAUGUAAUGAGAUAUAAAUCUUUUGGUUGGUCACACAUGGAAGUAGGUAUGUUCUGCCCCCAUGACUGUUGGAGCACCCAGUAGCAUCCCAGGAGCUCUUGAGGCGGUGAAAUAAUUUCAAGGCAGGUGCCCUUGAAAAUGAGGGCUGUUAAAGUUCUUCAAAGUGCUUCCCUCUUCCUACCAGCAUCGCUUUAGUCUUGCCUGGGUUCAGCUUUGGGCACCUCCUCUUCAUCCUCAUGGUGAGAAAGUUGAGAGGUGAUGCAGAGCUGGGUGUCUGUGAGCUGCUUAGCACUUCAUCCCCAUUUGUCUCACCGAUUCUUUCAUGACAGGUGUUGAAUAAUAGGGAGCAAUGGAGUCUUGGGGACUCUGUAGGUGACUGCUCUGGGGAUGAAAAAUUGCCCAUAAAGACUCCUGGGUUCAGUGUGGGAGAACAGAAUUGAGGCGUUUCAAGGUGGUUACAUUCACCCCUGUCAUGUCUAAGAGGUGGGUAACCUAAUUGCAUAUCCAUGCUGCAGAGAGAUCCAGCAGGAUGAUUAUGGCUGUACUUUCUUUGUCUAUGAAUGGGAGGAGGUCAAUCACCAGAGCUACAAGUGUUUCAUCUCAGGUCCUGGUCUGAAGCUUCACUGAGGGAUCACAGGGAAGGGGUUUUUUGUUUACUAGUUUCUCUAUUUAGCUUGCUUAGAAAUGAAAGACUGACUUUUGUGCUCUUGGAUUGAUGGCAGGUGUUCCAGCUACUCACCUCAAUAUAUAAACACCAUGUUUAGGAUGGCAAAAAAAGAACUCGGUAGCAGGCGUUUGAGUAGUCAGGCUUUUGGGAGCAGGCAGAGGGAAAGAGUCAGCAAGCAUUGAUUUUUCCUGUGUUGUUCAAACUGCAGACUUUUGUAAAAGCAGUGUCAUUUGUAUUACAGCUGUGAGCUUUUCCCAGAGGUCACUGUUCACAAUGGGGUUUCUGCCGCUGUUCUGGUCUGUGCACUGAACGAACAAUGUCAUUCAUAUCUUUGUCUUAUGCAAACUGUGGGGAAGAAAAUAUCAAGGAUUUAUUUUGUGACUUUAUACAGCAUUUUGUUGCUUUGUACCUUUUGUUUGAAUGUCUAGUUCUGUAUAUUAAACUUGUUUUGGUA